UUGAAUGCUGUUAAGAUGGAUAAGAACUCAAAGAUUCUGUUCAUCUUUGAUGGUCUAGAUGAAAGUAAACUUGAGCUGAAUUUCCGAAGUGAACAGAGGCAGCAUGACUUGAGACAGACAUCAUCUGUGAGUCAACUGCUAACAAAUCUCAUUCAAGGGCAUCUGCUCCAGUCGUCUCUCAUCUGGAUCACAUCAUGGCCUGCAGCAGUCAAUCUAAUCCCUUCUCGUUAUGUGGACAAGUGGACAGAAAUACGUGGAUUUAAUGACACGCAGAAGGAUGAAUACUUCAGCAGGAGAUUCUCAAAUAGCCAUAUUAACAAAAUCAUUUCACAAAUCAAAACAAGAAGGAGCCUCUACAUCAUGUGCCACAUACCAGUCUUCUGUUGGAUUCUUGUCUGCGUGCUUCAGGACAUGCUGUCUCCUGACAGCAAUAUGGAUAUUCCAAAAACUAUGACUGAACUGUUCAUCCACUUUCUUCUCAUCCAGACCAACAGGAAGAACCAGAUAUGUUCUGGGCAAAGUGAAACGGACAGAAGCAAGCUAAUGCAGAGACACAAAGAACACAUGCUGAGAUGGUCUGAACUGGCGUUUAGACAACUAGAAAAGGAGAACAUUGUGUUUAGCAAAAAAGAUCUGAGAGAAAGUGGCAUUGAGGACAGUGAAAUUAAAGAAUACUCUGAGGUGUGCACCGAGAUCUUCAAGAAAGACCGUAUGUUCUACAAAAGAACAUUCUACUGCUUUGUUCAUCUGAGUGUUCAGGACUUUCUGGCAGCUCUUCAUGUGUUCUAUAGUUUUGUGAAUAAGAACCAUAAGGCGCUGGAGUCCUUCACAGUGCCAAGUACCAGCAGCCAAGAAGAGGAGAGACCCAAAGAACCUCAUGAAGACGAUGUCUGCCAAGAUGAGAUGUCAUUGCACGUUCUGUUAACUAGAGCAGUGGACAAAUCCCUAGAGAGCAAGAAUGGACACCUAGAUCUUUUCCUGCGCUUCCUUUUGGGAAUAUCACUGGAGUCCAAUCAAGAACUCUUGGAAGGCCUACUGCUUCAGGUAGAGGACAUCUCUGCAAGUCUCGAGACAACCACUGAGUACAUCAAGAAGAUUCUAAGCGAGGGCAGUAAUUCUGUUGAGAGAUGCCUGAAUCUGUUACUCUGUUUACUUGAAAUGAAGGACAGCUCACUUCAUGAGAACACUAAAGAGUAUGUGAAAUCUGGUCAGCAGCUGACCCCAGCCCAGUGUUCAUUACAGGCGUUCAUACUUCUGAUGUCAGAGGAAGUACUGGAUGACUUUGAUCUAACCAUGUACAGGACGUCCCAGGAGGGUCGCGAACGAUUGCUCAUUGUGCUGAGGAGCUGCAGAAAGGCUCGAUUGAAGGGCUGUGGUCUCAGUGAAAAAUCCUGUGGGGUUAUAUCCGCUAAUCUCCAAUCUGAAAGUGCAUGCCUGAGGGAGUUGGACCUGAGCUCUAAUCCCCUGUGUGAUGCUGGGGUGGAGUGUCUGUCUGCUGGACUGAAACACACAUGCACACUAGAGACCCUGAGACUGGCUGGCUGUGGUCUCAGUGGACAUUCCUGUAGGACUCUAUCAUCAGUUCUCCAGUCAGGAAGCUCACAGCUGAGAGAGUUGGACCUGAGCUCUAAUCCUCUGAUGGAUUCUGGAGUGGAAUAUUUGUCUGGUGGACUGAAGCACAUUAACUGCAGACUGGACACACUAAGACUUGCUGACUGUGAACUCACAAGUAGUGCUUGCAAAGCAUUGGCCUCAGUUCUCCACUCAGACAACUCCCACCUUACAAAGAUGGAUCUUAAGAAGCUGGAUCUGACCAACAAUGACUUGACCGAUUCUGGAGUGAAGGAGCUGUGUGCUGCUCUGGGACAUCGGAGCUGUAAACUGGAGCUGUUGAGGCUCUCUGGGUGCCUCAUCUCACAGAGGGGAUGUGAGUUUAUAGUCUCAGCGCUGACAUCAAACCCUGACUCCCACCUCACUGAACUGGACCUGAGCUACAAUCAUCCAGGAGACGCUGGGCUACAGAUUCUAUCAGCACUGCCUGAGGGACGAGUGAAAAUGAAAGUCAAUAUUGAUAACUGUUCCAAACGCACGCUGAAGAAAGGAAAGGAGAAAUACGCCUGUGAGCUCACCCAGGACCCAAACACUGCACACAGGAAACUCUUUCUGUCUGAGGGGAACGUGAGGGUGACAGGCGUCAAGGGAGAGCAGCCGUAUCCAGAUCAGAUGUGUUGAUUGUUCUAUAGAUGAUGGGCCGUACAGGGAUCAAAAGUCAUUGGCUAACAUCAAUCAUGUUAAGGCCAAAGUUCCAGUGUCUGAAUCACACACCCUCAGACUCCAUCUGUUAUAUAUGUAAAUUAUAAGCAUAUAAUCAUGCACUUAGUUCUUUAAGCGCUUCUUAUGUGUUAUGGUUUGUAUAAUAUUGUUUUAUUUCCA